AUGAGGUCCAGAGUAAUUAAUCUAAUGGAUACAUUGAAUUCAGUAUCCUGCAGAUGUCCCUCUCAUUCAAAUUUAGCAUCUCUACCUUCAAGGCUCAGUACUAGUGUGGAUCAAAAGGAGUACGCUUUUGAAAUGGCAUGCUCUACUAUUCGGUACGGCCCUGGAGUCACCAAAGAGCUGGGUAUGGACAUGGUUAAUAUGCAAGCUAAACGCGUGUGUGUCAUGACCGAUUCAAACUUGGUGAACUUGCCGCCAGUAAAGGCUGUUCUGGACUCGCUCACCAAAAGCGGUAUAAAAUAUGACCUUUAUGAUAAAAUCCGAGUGGAGCCUAACGAGAAAAGUCUUGAAGCCGCAACAAACUUUGUGCGUAAUUUGGAGUUUGAUGCAUUCAUAGCGGUAGGAGGUGGUUCUGUCAUGGACACAUGUAAGGCAGCCAACUUGUACUAUUCUGAUCCAGAAGCUGAGUUGUUGGAUUAUGUGAAUCCACCCAUUGGAAAAGGAAAACCAGUCACUGUGCCAUUAAAACCGUUGAUUGCUGUGCCGACCACCACUGGUACUGGAAGUGAGACUACUGGUGUUUGUAUUUUUGAUUAUGAAAAGUUGAAGGCUAAAACUGGUAUUGCAAAUCGAGCAUUAAGACCUACUUUAGGCAUUGUUGAUCCCUUGCAUGCAUUAUGUCAGCCAGAAAGAGUUUGUGCUUUUAGUGGUUUUGAUGUAUUUGGUCAUGCCUUAGAAUCGUUCACAGCUGUGCCAUACAAUGAGAGGUCUCCACGUCCAACCAAUCCAAUUUUAAGACCUGCAUACCAGGGUCGCAAUCCUAUUUCAGAUGUUUGGGCUCGGUAUGCAUUGGAUGUCAUUAGGAAGUACUUCAAAAGAGCUGUAUUUGACCCCGAAGACUUUGAAGCACGUUCUAGCAUGCACUUAGCCUCUACAAUGGCCGGUGUAGGUUUUGGUAAUGCAGGUGUCCAUUUGUGUCAUGCACUGUCAUAUCCAAUCUCAGGAAAUGUAAAACAAUAUCAAGCCACUGACUACAUUACCGAUCAUCCAAUUAUUCCUCAUGGAUUAAGUGUCAUUAUGUCUGGGCCAGCAGUGUUUGAGUUCACAUCACCGGCCAGUCCAGAGCGUCACAUUGAAGGUGCCAAAUUGCUGGGCGCUGAUGUCAGUGGUGUUAAAAAUGCUGAUGCUGGGAAAUUAUUAGCCGAUGUCAUUCGUGGAUACAUGCAAGACAUGAAAAUUGAUAACGGUUUGUCGGCUCUUGGUUAUACUAAAGACGACAUACCAGGGUUAGUGAAGGGUACAUUACCACAGCACAGAAUUACAAAGCUUGCUCCAAGAGAACAAUCAGAAGAAGAUUUAAGUCUGUUGUUUGAAAAUUCAUUAACCGUUUAUUAA